AUGGGUAUUCAGGGCUUGCUUCCUCAGUUGAAGCCAAUUCAGCAGCCCAUCACACUAAUCCGCUAUGAUGGUCAGACACUGGCAAUUGACGGUUAUGCGUGGCUGCAUAGAGCAGCGCACUCGUGCGCAGAGGAACUGGCUCUGGGCCGGCCUACUUCCAAGUACUUAGAGUUCUUUAUCAAGCGCCUUAACAUGCUGCGAAACCGUUUCAACAUCAAUCCCUACUUAGUGUUCGAUGGCGAUGCGAUCAUGGUAAAGAAGGACACAGAACUGAAACGGAAGCAAAAACGCGCUGAAAAUAAGGAGCGAGCGCUAGCUCUCUGGAAAGCUGGUGAUAAACGUCAGGCUUAUGACUACUUUCAAAAGUGCGUGGACGUGACGCCAGAAAUGGCUAAAUGUGUGAUAGAAUACUGCCAGGUCCAAGACAUCAAGUACAUAGUAGCACCGUUUGAGGCCGAUGCGCAGAUGGUUUAUCUGGAAAAGAAGGGCUUAGUUCAUGGCAUCAUUUCCGAAGACUCAGACCUCUUGAUUUUCGGUUGCCGGAAACUGAUUACCAAAUUGACCGACCAUGGGGAGGGCAUAGAGAUUUGUCGCGACGACUUUCCCCGACUACCAAGUAAAUUUCCGCUAUCUCAACUUUGUCCUGAAGAAACUCGAGCAAUGGUUUGUCUAUCAGGGUGCGAUUACACUGCAGGUAUCCCGAAAAUCGGUUUAUUGACUGCUAUGAAGCUUGUAAGAAAGCACAAAACAAUGGAUAACAUCAUUAAAAACAUACAGCGUGAGGGAAAGUUCGUCGUGCCCAAAGAGUUUCUGGAGGAGUACCAGUUGGCUUCGUUUGCAUUCCAAUUCCAGAGAGUUUAUUGUCCUGAAAACGGCAUGAUGACUACGCUUAGCGAAAUUCCUGAGGAGCUCCGCAACUGCCAAGCUUUAUUCAGCUGCAUAGGAAAGGUCAUAUCAAAGAGUGAACAUACUAAAGUGGUAAUCGUAGAUGAUUCAGAAGUGGACCACCAUCUUCAUGGUCGGAUAGCUGCAGGGGAGUUGUGUCCAUACAACUUUCAAAAGAUACUAGUUAACCGCGAGCGCAAAUUGCAGUUAACGACUAAAUCAGAGCCAAUUAUUGGCAAGCCCUUAGCAAGCCAAGCCGGCUCAAUAGAUACUUUUUUCAGCAAAACCGCUUCCGUUAGCGUCAGCUCAACUUCUACAGGUGUCACUACACAAAUGAGAUUUGCCAUUAAAAAGCAGGAAGAAAAGCUGAUCGAGAACGAAAGGAAAAUUGCAUCGGCUGUCGAGCGUCGUAAGCUCUUCAGACGUGACACGCCAGUGGUUGCAGGGGUCGGCAUGAGCCGAUAUUUUGGCAAAAGCCAAGACCAUCCCACAAAUGAAGAAAAAGACGUCACGAGCACUAUGGCGACGCCUACGCCUGUAGAGCCUUUAAUAAGUCCGAGGCUUCCAGACUUUACAAAGGCUUCCACGAACAGCAACUUUGCUUCGUGCAGCAAUGAGAGUCUUGGCUCCCAAGAUGAAGCAGCCACCGAUAUUCCAAGCUCCCUUCUUUCUACCGAAGUCCCAAGCUCAAUGGUCCCUACUCAAGUUGACAUGGAGUCUUCUCCAUAUAGCGAGGAAGACUCGGAGGUCUUGAGUGAAAUUGAAGAUACCGCGGAGGCCCGCAGGGACGAGAAGGCAUCUAACAAGAGGCACUGUAAUUCGAUAGCCGAUCUUCGCGAAAGCUUCAGCUACCACAGAGCCCCUUUGCAGGACAAAAGCGUCAAUGUGGCCUCCGGGAAUGGGCUUCUUCGUAAUUCAAAAGGUGCGAAGAGCCAUGUCUCAGCAGUCAAAGCUCCAAGCCUGGGAUUGAACAGUCAUGUCGGGGCAGUUAAGGCGCCAAGCCUAGGGACGAAGCGACCCAGGCACUACGUUGCUUCUCCAUCUUCGGCAACAGCUCCAAGACAAGCAACCCGUACGUUGAGUCUUUCUGACUUUAUAUACAGGGGGCAAUGA